AUUUUAAUUCAAAAAUUUGUAGUAAGAAAAUUAAUUAAUUAAUUAUUUAUUUAUUUAUUAAUUUAUAGAUUUUUAAGUUUGAAAAUGGAUAAAGAUAUUUUAGGCAGAUUUUUGUAAGAGUUAGAUUCUUUUUCAAAGACUAUUUAGAAUGUUUCUUAGUAUUGCUGUUAAUAUGAUAAGCAAGCACCUGAAAUUACAGAAGUUUUCAUUUAAUACUUCACUAAGGCUAGAAAAGAUAAAAAGAUUUAUUUCUUUUAUUCAAUUCACGAGAUUUUUAUGGAGUCUUAAAGAAAAUAAAGCUCAUACUUCGUUAAAUCAUUUGGCGCUAAGCUUAAAGAUAUUGUCAGAUAAAUCUGCGAAUCAACUGAAGUUUUUGAUACAAUUAAGAAAGUUGUCCAAAUAGUAGAUAGAUGGAAAAGCGAUAAGAUAUAUCAUCCUGAAUUUUGUGAAAAACUCAAAAGUAUUGUCGGACCUUACUACAAGGACUUAAAGGAAUAAUAUUAAAAGUACUAUGGAGAAAAAGAUAAAGAAGGAAAGUACACUAAAACUUUCCUUGUUAACUAUUAAAUUGUUAAUGAAGAUCAAUUAUGUAGUGAUAUUUAUAAAGUAUUUUCAGACUCAGAAUACAUGAUUUAGGCUAUUGAUAAACAUAGCAAAAUUUGUGACCAAUUCCUCAAGAGAUGUCCCAGCUCCUAGUAAGUUAGAGAUGAGAAGGAUAAAGAAUCCCUCGACCAAAUUAUUAGUUAGGGAAAAGAAUAUAUUGAAAAUAUGAUAUAGAAAAUAGACACUCUCCAGAAAGUUUACAUGUAAGUUGGCGAUUCUUCAUAGAAAGAAGUGAAUGAUUACAUGAAUUUUUCUAUGGAAGACAUUACAAAUUGGUAACAGAAAUUCAAAGAACUUAUAGAUAAUAAUUGA